CAUAUCCAAAGUAGAUGAGGUUAGGAAAUGUAUCACGUAAAUUCCUUAUUACUAGGCUAGUUUUAGUGACUAUUUUAGGAAUAUAUUUUUCAAGUUUGGAUAAAGAAUCCCUCAAUGUCUCAACGGCCUAAUUUCAAGCUAAGAAUGCGCACUUUGAUUGCGACUCUUUGACCACGAACAGAACUCAUGUCAACAAAAAUGGUUGGCGAAGACACGGAGCUGGAUGCCACGUCUGACCCUACAGAUGGUGUUAACAAAGAAACUAAGAAAGCCAGGCCUAUUAAUGCCUUUUUUCAGCCUGUCAGGGCAGAAGAAGGUGCAAAAACUUUGUUUGGAAAAGAAAUUCCACCAGCAAACUCUAAGAAAACCAGUCAGUCAUUAACAAGCAGUGUUGGUGUCAACAAGAGGGAGAAUGAGAUAUUUCAGGAUACCAAAACUCCUGCCUUGACUUGUAAGAAGGUUGGUGGAUCAGGUGAAACUGUGAAAAAGAAACAAUGUCCAUUGGAUGGAAACUUGGGUUACCAAGCACUAAAACAGGAGUCAUCCUUAGAGGAAGAAUUUAAAUCUAAACAAAUAAAAUCUAAGUGGUCAGUUACAUGCGCUGUGCAGGGUACUUCGAAGCUUUUGAAUAGUUCAGGAUCAGACUUUGAAGAUGAUGGAAAAGAUUUAUUUAGUGCAAAAAAUAAACUGGUACAAAAGUCCUGUAAGAAGAGGGCAAGAGAUAAAUCAAGAACUGCUCACAAAUGUAAAGGAAAAACCUCAGAAUCUUCAGAUGACAAGGAGAAAGAUCUUGAAACAAGUCAAGUUGAACAGAUAGAAGAUGAAUCUCAGGGAAUUACAGAUAUUGAAGCAAAAGCUUCAAUUAAUAGUGCCCAAAGUAAGCAGUUUAGGACUAGUGCCUUUGAUGUUUUGAUGAAUAGUCAAAGGGUCAAGAAACAAGAGGAUGAUACAACAGAGAUUUCUUUGGAAGAAUCGCGAAAUGUAGUUGAAAUUAUUUCAGAAAAAUCAAACUCUUGUGAUAUUGUUGAUUAUAAAGAGAUGGUCCAUUCCAAGUCAAAUGUUAAAAAAGUACUAGAAUCAGGGAAGGAUUCUUCUCCCGAUAGGAUUCACUCAAACAAAAACUCAGAGACAAAUGCUUUUGAUUUGUUAAUGAAGAAAGGAAAGAGUCCCAGCAAAAGAGAUUCCCAGCCUCAAUCUGAGCUAGAUGAACCUCCAAAGACUUUUGAUGGCUUGUCUAAGAAAAAACUCAAGAAGAAAUCUUUUGAAUUUCAUCUUAGUAUUUGUGGUGGCAAAAAGAAAAAUGUGGAGUUUUUCAUAGAAUCUGACAAUCCAAGCAGUGAUGUUGUAGAUUGUAAAAAGAAUGUAAAGGGUAAAAGGAAAAGGUGCAAACCUGAAGGAGAUGGAAGUGAGUUGGUAGAAAGUAAAAGUGAUGAAGCCUUUCUCAAUGAUAAUUCUGAAGAAGUGACAGUAGUUUUUAAAUCAAAAAGAGGUAGACAAACGAGCAAAGUUGUAAAUGAGAAAAAUGUAGAGGGAGAUCAAGUUGUGAUGUAUGAGAAGAUAAAGAAUGAGAAGAAAGGGAGAAAAACUGGGAAGAGAAGCUCUUGCACUAACGCAAUUGGCAGUGAACUGAACGAUGCUCUUUGCAUCAAGGAAGCUCAGUGUAGGAGCAGAAACAAACAGCAACGAGGAAAUGAUGAUGUAGAUGCUAAAGAAAUGAAAGAGAAAAGGAAUGUAAGAGCCAGAAGGAGAGGCGAUACAGCUUCCUCACCAGCACAAUUCCAAGAUGAAUUACCCUGUACUGAAGACCUUGAAAUGUCCAAGAGAAGAAGAGAUCAGAAGAAAAAGAGUGAACAAUCAAGCAAGGAACAGUCAGGCAUUGAUAUCAGAAGUAUGGAUGAGGGAAAGAACAGAGCUGACAUUGAAAAAGAGAAAGCAACGAAGGACCUGUCCAACAAUGAGAUAACAGCUUUAUGUAAAGAGCCCAAACCUUUGGCCUCCAUAUUUCUCAAGAAGAAACCAUUUAUCCCUAAAACUGACAUUCCAGAAGAACCACCUUCAGUUGUGGCUCAUUCAGUAACAUCACCCACCACAACCUUAACAGCAUGUUCAGUAAUUAUGGUAGACAAAACCACUGAUCAAUGCAGCAUUACUGACGUGGAUUCCUCUUCAGUAAAAGAAAAACCAACUAUCGACCAGGAAGCUGCCAAAAAGGCAUUUAAUGCUUUGUUUACUGGGGCACACCAUCAGAAAACUCUGCCUGCUGUUACUGCUGCAGAGGUUCUUCCAGCUCCAUGGCCAGCUGUCAGCCACGUGGUUCAAAAAGAGCAUUGUGAUUCUCUUGGUGUUGAUUUCUGGAGUCUUCCUUGGCCUAUUGGGGGAAGUCAUAAAUCAGACGAUCGCUCAUGUCAUUUAUUGCCUGAAGUUUAUAUCUCCAACACAAUAUCACAACAAAGUACAGUCAUGUUUUGUGGAAGGAGAAUCAUUGAACAGUCCCUAUGUCACUUCAAGAAACUGGUACCAGAAGAUAAAGCAACAGAAAAAAAAUUCUCUGAGGUUAUCACAAAGAGCAUUGUCUCAGAGCUGGCAUUGUUUUACCCUGGCAUACCACUCAGGAGACUUUACAAAAGAUAUUUUUCAAAACUGCAAAAGUACAGAGCAAGUGGUGCUGUUGUGGACCUUGAACAAACUGUCCCAGAGAAAAAACCAGAGGAGAGAGUGAAGAGCAGUGAAGAAUCUUUAGGAGACAAAGAUGGGAAAGAUAACAUCGUGGCAAAUAGUUUAUGCACCAAAAGAGGAAAAAGAAAGCAGCAAUUGUCUUCUGAUGAGAAAAGAAGCCAGGAGAAAGAGACUACAAGGAAACAUGAUGGUAAACUAGUAAAACAAGGUACUAGAACUGACCAGCUUGUGAAAAAACCACGCCAGAAAAGAAGAAGAGAAGACGAUGGUGACCAAUAUCAGGUGGAGGUCAUCAAGGAACGAAGAUUAUCCUUAAGAAUCCAAAGAAAGAAGACACACUUGGAGUCUGACACCCUAGAGGAUAAUUUAGAGCAACCAGAAACUGCCUCGAGCAUGAAGAAGAGACUAAAAACAAGUAAUCAUCAGGAUGGCCUGAAGGAAACAUCAGAACCUUCUAUGCAGUUUAAAAAGACGGCAGAGAUACCUGUUGUUCCCAACAGUGACACAAGUAAUUUGGAAACUUUUGUCAAUGAUACAUUGUGGACAGAGUUGUAUCGGCCUCUGCACUCCACUGAAGUCAUGGCUAACGCUUCUUCUGUCAGAAAACUCCGAUCCUGGCUGCAAGAGUGGAAGAUCAAGAGAGAGAAAACUCUGAGGAAAGAGCUUCAGCAACAAAAAAGGCUUUUAGCAAAACAGAAAGACAAGCAGGCACAGAGCAGGCAGGGCUCCACUCACUCGCUUGAGUGGUGGGAUGCAGACAGUGACUCUGACUUCCAAAUGAGUGACCAUGCUUCAGAUGAAAGUGACACAGAGGAAGGUGGCUUGAACACUGCCAUGUUUAUCUCUGGUCCCACAGGAGUUGGGAAAACAGCCAUGGUGUAAGCUUGUGCAGAAGAACUGGGUUACAAGGUAUUUGAGGUCAAUAGUUCCUCCAGACGUUCUGGCAAGCAGAUCAUGUCACAGCUUGAAGAAGCCACCCAAUCACACCUGGUGAUCAGAAACAAGGGUGUGGCCCCACCCUCUUCCUUUUCAGGCAUCUUUGAUAAGCCUGUAAAUAAUUCUCCCCCCACAACUGGUCCCCUGAGUGCCUUUUUGCAGAAGAAUAUAAAUGUCUCUGAAACCAAAGCCAGCAAAAGUGGGAAAAGAAAAAAAGACAGGAACAUGAAAGAGAAGAAGAAGCAGGGAUCCAACGGGAAAAGCAAAUCAAUUCUCAAGCAGCCAUCACAACCAGUUAAAGAUGACAGUGAAUCAUGUUCAAAUUUGUCUUCAAAAGCUGCCUCUCUGAUUUUGUUUGAAGAGGUUGAUGUUAUUUUUGAAGAAGACAAGAGCUUUUGGAUGGCUGUAAACUCCUUCUUGCAGAAUGCUAAGUGUCCCAUUGUUUUGAUUAGCACAGACUCACAAGUGAGCUGUGAGGGACGUUAUGAUCAAAUCAUGUUGAAACCUCCAUCAGUAAAUCUUCUAGCUGCACAUCUACAACUUGUAGCUUUGACAAACAACAUUUUCGUCAAUCCUGAAGACCUCAAAUCUUUGGUUGCGCAAAACAACUGUGACAUUCGAAAGUCUCUCUUCGAUCUGCAAUUCUGGUCAGCAUCAGGGGGGGGAGUGAAGGUGCCGUAUAAAAGACCAGUGAAUUUGGAAUCAAGUAAAAUUGAUGUUGGCAACAAUGAUCUGAAGCCUCAACAUACGUCUGCAACCUCUGAAAGUAGCACUGAGAAUCUGAAGACUGGCACUUCAUCUCAAGAUGUUCAUCAGUUUGAACCUCUUGUAACUGGUGGUAUUCUAAAUGACGAUGGAGAAGAAAGCCUGUUUCUUUCCGUAAGCGAUUGGCAGGUAAUCAAGAGCCAAGGAGCUGCAGGCAGCCUGCGCUCUUCAAAGAGAGGAAUUCCUGGUCAGGCUAAUGGCGACAACUCGGAUUCUGAUUUCUAUGAGCCUAAGAGGGCAAAACUGUUCUGUCCUGAUGGGUCAGCAGAUUCUGUCUUUGAAAUCACUGACACAAAUGACAGUCAGCCUGUCAGCAGUGCAGAUGAGAAAGCUGAUAGCUUGCGCCAGCUGCCCUCCGUGGAUUCCUUGCUGUUUGAGAGUGUGCAUGGGUUCCUCAAUUGUGUGGCUGAUCCAACUGUUGGGGCACUGUCAAUUCUGCAAAAGGGAAAGAAAUCUGGAGAUAAACUUGAGGAGUAUGGGAUUUCUGACAAGCUGCACCUGACGCACUUUUCCCAAAGACUUGAUGUGAAUUUGAUCGAAACAAAUUUGAGUAACCUCAUCCCACUGUUUGCUGAAUCAGCAUCUCCAUUGCCGCAGACCGGGCAGGAUCCACAAGGGAUUCCAUUUGAAAAUCAGACAACUGAUGUUAACCCACCAAUUGCAGAGGAAACGACUUUCACGAGUAUUGAUAUACUCUCUGAUAGAAGCCUUUUUGACGAUGGCACAGACGAAUCUACCAGUAGAGGGGAGACUGAGGGUGUCAUGGAGAGAGAUCAGACAAUAGAUAAAGAAUCAGAAGAUGGAAGGACAAAGACGUUGAGUAAUUCUCAGGACUCCGCAGACACAGGCUUUAGUGGGUCUCAACCUAAAGAAGGAACUGAUGCAGCUGGAGAGGGUGAAAUGCACGAAGAGGACUCUGCGUCCUGUGGAGAAACUGUCAUGAAAGGAGGGAAACAUGCUCGCAAAACGCCAUCCAAUAGAGAAAGAUGCUGUACUAAAGCGCUGGAUGUUUUUGCGCAGUUUGCAGAAAACCAGUCCUUUUCAGAUGCUUUCUGCCCGAGUCUUUCUGUCUCUAACACCCAGUCUUCCUCUGUUGAUUUUGGCUGGUGGAAAACUGCGCUGAAGCCUGGACUCACAGAUGAGCACGUGACUGUAGAGGAAUACAGUCAUUGGUUAGCUCGCGAUACACGCGCAAGCAUCCGAGGAGCAUUAGAAGUGGCUAAUUUGGAGAGUUGUCGGGCCAAAGUGAAUUGUUUGAAAAACGAUUUGGAAGAAAUUAAAACUGUAGUUGAAGAGGAGAGCACCAGCAUGUCGGAAAAUGAGCUUUACAGUUCUAGCUUAUUAUCGGAAGAUCUUCCUCCACGUGAUUGUAGUUCUUUGUUGCAUUUGAAUUCACCUUCGCUCAUACAAAAAAGUUCUACAGCGAGCCGGAGAAAGCUCUACACCUCCCUAGCGUCAUGUAUUCCAUCAUUGUACCACUGUGAUCAUCGCUGUUUAGCAAGUGACUACAUACCAACGUUUCGCCUGCUCUGUUACUCAGAAAGGCUCCGAGAAGCCGCCAACAUCAAAAGGAGAUUUCUUCAUUAUCUGGAUCUAAAUUCGUUUCCCUUGAGUCGGUCCACAAUGGAGGCUUUAGCAGACAGUUAUUUGGGACAGUAGGGUCAUCUAAUAGCUGUCGUCUAGAAGCAGUCGUUUUCAUUGAGUGGCCUGGAUUCUUCCACGAUUUAUAACUUCUUGAUUUUUAUGCCGAUUGAAAUAUGAUUUGGAGCUGGAUGAGACACCAGGCAAAAAGUAAUGUUUUCCCUCUCUUACACUUAUUUUUCAAACAAAUAUUUCCUUGUGUCUCAGCGCUUGGUAUUUGAGCAGUUUUCAAUUAAGUGUAAGAAAACCUAAAACCAAAAUAAUCCCAGCUACCAAUCAGAGCAAAGGUUAUAAUUAUCAUUAGCAAAUGAAAAGUCAAAGUGAAAAUAAGAUGACUACUGAAAGCGCGGGAAAACGCUUUUAACCAAGGCGCGAUUGUUUUUAGUUUUGCAUCUGAUUGGUUAAGAGGAUGGCGUGGAGUUUUUCUGGACCAAUCACAGAGUAAAGUUAAAUAAAACAAAAUCAAUCCAGGAUUGCUUUCAAAAAUCAACUGAGAAUUGCUCUUUCUCUAAAGAAAAAUCCUAGUUGAUAUGUUUUGCUCUUUCUCAUAGCUUCUGUGCUCACCAAUUUGUCUAUUUUCUGGCAAAAAGUUACCAUUUUAUUUUUUCUUGAAGUAAAAAGCUUGAUAAAACCGUAGGUCAUGAUUUUAAAACCGUUUUGAACCAUUAUAUUAGGGGAGAACUCUCUGGACAUAUUACUACUUCCCCUUCCUAUUUGAAAAUCAGGUUGAUCGGCAAAGUAAAUAAUCAAUAAGUUAGAAAGUUCCAACUAAGAGCUUUAUUUGCAGCAUUUCAUUAUCAGAAUUUAAGCAUACGUAUGUCAUAGACAAAUACUAUAUAUAUUUAAGCCACGUUUUAAAUGUCGUUUUGAUUGUCAAACAGUAUCACAAUAAUCCAGUCGGGUAAAUAUUAACCGUUCUAAAGUGUUUAACUUGUGAAUACAAUAAUGUUUAAACUGAAAUGUUAGUAUAUAUAUAUCGUUUUCUGUGCUUUUCUCUGAUUAGACAUGAGGGCCGGAAACUCUUCGGUACUUAACGAUAAUCGUCCAAAACAGGAUCUGCUUAGUCCAUUGGACAAGAAGAUCGGAAACUCCUCGGUUCAAAAGCAGAAUCUACAAAGUCGAUUUGACUGGGAGUUUGUUAUUUCCUUCCCAUGUAGAGUUGGGAUAGAGGAUACUGACCAAUCUAUUACCACUGAGCUCAGUAAUAAACUCAUGAAGGAAGUAAGGUGCGCUAGGUAGCCAGAUUUAAAUUUAAUUAUUUCUGUGUGUAUUAUUAUUAUUAUGCUAUUCAACGAGUGAGUAAAAAUAUCCUUUUCCCUGCAAUUUUAAAAUAAAUUUUUAAAACCGGACUCGUUCUUAUCUUUGUCGCACAAUUAGAGACCGAAACUGAAAAGCAGAGAGAUGCGAGGUGGAAAAAGAAGUCUCCAGUCCAGCUUAGUGCGAUCGCGUAAGAUGUACUUAAACCAAGAUAGAAAUUGGCGCUUUGCAAGGUGCUGUUCACCUCGAACCGGCCAGGGUAGCUUGUUUUUGAGAAACUUGAUCGACGGAUUAACUAUUUAGCCCUCCUACUAUCGAUAGAUAUGUAGGGCACUUAUCAAGAAAUCUGAAAUUAAGCUGAUUGUAGAACUGAUACAUCUAUAUAUUU